AUGACAACCCCACCGCCGCAGAUGCAGCACUGCAACCAGCUCUCUGUUUCACUGCCCUCGCUCCAGACCCAGUUCGAUGCCCCGUACAUGUUCUCCCCCGAGCCUUCUCCACUUGUCAGCGCAUCCUCGCACUCGCACGACGUCUUCGGCCCUCUACAGAUCCCGUUCCAGCAGACGCCGCAGUCGUACUACGACCAGCGAUCGCCACUGUCCAGCAUGCACACCACGCCCAGCGACGUCGCCCCGAACAUGUACGUCCCCGUACCGGCACCGUCCUCAACAAGCUUCGAGUCGCACUUCAGCUACUUCGCCCCGGCCGCGCAUGCCCCCGUCUACGGCCAGUCGGUGUACCAGCAGCUUCCCCUCGAGCACAUCCAGCAGGAGUACGCGGCCAUGCACGCCAAGCCGAGCUUCCUGUGCUACGGCGGCCAAAGCCUUGCGCCGUUCGAGGGCGGCCAUGGGCUAACCAUAUCGUAUCCUGGUCCUUACCACCCUGACCAACUGGCGCAGAUGUACAACAUGUCGGCUGAGCUCCAGUACCCUGACGCCUCUGACUACGACGUCGCUGGGCAAACACGGUCCAUGAAGCGUCGCCGGAUGAGCAACGAUUCUGAACCGCCGUCGUCUGCCAUGACUUACAGCUCGUACAGUAUUGACAUGUAUUCGUGGGCGUCGUCGGCAUCACACUCCUCGCAGCGAUCGUCGUCGCUGGAUUUUAACUUAUUCUCGAGCUACGGUGACGCGUUCUGGAACGCUACCCAUCAACAGCACCACCACGGAGCAGCGGCGGCCUCGGUGAGCCAGCACGCCAACGGCUGGCACCCGCCGAUGCUUCCCCCAAAUAAUUCGCUGCAGUUUGUCCAAUGGCCGGACAAAGACUCUAGCCUGAGCGAGGUGGACUAA